AUGCUUUGCCCAACCAAUCUCUUGUUCACCCUCGUUUUCAUAAGCAUCACUCCAUUUUCACAAGUGGUGCAUGCACUAGCACUACAAUCCCAGCAUGCCCAUGGCGGGGGCUGCAUCCCAGUAGAGAGGGCUGCCUUGCUCUCCUUCCACAAGGGCAUCACAAGCGACGGCGGCGAUGUCCUCGCCUCGUGGCAUGGAUACAAUUGCUGCCAGUGGAGGGGCGUCAGUUGCAACAACCGAACAGGCCAUGUCACCAAGCUUCACCUUCGCAAUGCAAUUCCGGACCCUGGCAUUUCCUGCCGCUACUAUGAUGUAUGCGGUGAUGCUAAUUCAUUGUUCGGCAAGAUAAGUCCCUCUCUGCUUUCCUUAAAGCAUCUAGAGCACAUGGAUCUUAGCAUGAACUGUUUGCUAGGGCCAAAUAGCCAUAUUCCCCAUUUCUUGGGCUCCAUGAAGAACUUGAGAUAUCUUAACCUCUCUGGCAUGCAAUUUACUGGCAGAGUUCCUUCUCAGCUUGGUAACCUGUCUAAGUUGCAGCAUCUUGACCUUGGCGAGGGUUAUCUCCGGACCGACAGGAUGCAUUCAACGGACAUCACCUGGUUAACAAAGCUACCAUUGCUGCAGUACCUUAGGAUGAGCACAAUAAAUCUCUCAAGGGUGGAUGACUGGCCUGGUACAUUGAAUAUGAUUCCAUCUCUAAGGGUUAUCAAUCUUGCCGAAUGUUCACUUGAUACUGCAAGCCAAUCGCUUCCCUACCUUAACCUCACGAAACUUGAAAAGCUUGAUCUGUCCUGGAAUAAUUUAGGCCACUCAGUUGCAUCAAGUUGGUUUUGGAAACUGAAGAGCCUUAAAUAUCUCAGUCUUGGUAGGAACCAGUUAUUCGGAAAACUUCCAGAAGCACUAGGAAACAUGACGUCACUCAGGGUACUUGAUUUGUCAGGCAACAAUCUGAAUAAGACUGAAAACUUUGAAAAUGUUCUAAAAAAUCUUUGUUGUUUGGAAAUCCUCGACCUCUCUGCAAAUUAUAUGAAUGGAGAUAUAGUGUUGUUGCUGGAGGGGUUGCCGAGAUGUGCAUGGGAACGAAUGGUGGAGCUGCAUUUCCAUACAAACCAUUUUAUCGGCACCCUGCCAAAUAUUAUUGGGGCAUUCAGCAGCUUGAGCACGCUUAACCUGUACAGCAACAACCUUGUUGGACCUAUACCGCCAGGGCUUAUGAAUUUGACACGUUUAACUGUCCUUAGUCUCUGGGGGAAUCAGCUUGACGGGUAUGUACCAACUGAAAAUGGUGACCUUACUGCUCUGACUUAUUUGGACCUAUGUUGCAACAACUUGAUUGGAAGUAUACCAGCUGAGCUUGGAAAUUUGAAGCAUUUGGCCUCCCUUACUCUCUCAGGAAACAAAAUUACUGGACCUAUACCACCAGAGGUUAUGCAUUCAACUAGCUUAACCAGCCUAGACUUCUCCAAUAAUAAACCUCAAUGGAAGUGUACCCACUGA